UUGGGUAGUGUAGCCGGAAGUAUCAGCGACAAGAAAACUAAAAUAAGAAUAGAAAGGGUUUACUUGUGUCGACAUCGAAAAGAAGACCGUAGACAUUACAUACAUUCUCUAUCUAUUCUCGGACUAACAAGAGCUUACCAGCAUGUCGAAUAUGGAGAAGCAUCUCUUCAAUCUGAAGUUUGCAGCCAAAGAACUGCAACGAAGCUCUAAGAAAUGUGACAAAGAAGAAAAGGCAGAGAAGGCCAAAGUCAAGAAAGCUAUCCAAAAAGGAAAUGUGGAAGUGGCACGUAUCCAUGCGGAAAACGCCAUCAGACAGAAGAACCAGUCCGUCAACUUCCUUCGGAUGAGUGCUCGGAUCGAGGCAGUGGCCGCCAGAGUGCAGACAGCAGUCACAAUGAACAAGGUCACUAAAUCUAUGGCUGGAGUGGUGAAAGGCAUGGAUGCCACACUGAAGAGUAUGAACUUGGAGAAGAUCUCCAGCCUCAUGGACAAGUUUGAACAUCAGUUUGAGACAUUGGAUGUACAGACAGCCCAAAUGGAGGACACCAUGAGUAGCACAACCACACUUACCACCCCACAGAAUCAAGUGGAUUCACUAAUGCAUGAAUUGGCUGAUGAAGCAGGGUUGGACCUGAACAUGGAGCUCCCACAAGGACAGACUGGUUCAGUUGGUACCAGCGUAGCAUCGGCAGAGCAGGAUGAACUGUCUUCGAGGCUUGCUAAACUUCGUGACCAGAUGUAAUGGAAGAACUCCAACUAUAACGCCGUGUCCAUUUAAAGUUUUAAUGCGAGUAAUAUCAUGCCUAUAGAGAUAUAUAGAUAGAUAAAUCGUCCCUGUAUAGUUAUAGCUAAUUAUGGCAUCUGUGGGGCAAUCCAUUUUAAAGUUGUACCUUUUGUUCACGAUUGGCUGAUCAUUCCCGAUGACCCGGUUGGACAUGACGCCAUUUUAAUUUAGUCAACUGGAUGCAAGUUUCAUCUUCAUUGCCAUUUGUUUGCUGAUCCCUCCCAAUGACCUGGUAGGAGACAUGAUCCCAUGACUGAUGACCCUGUUGGAGGACAGUAUCAGCCAAUGAAGUUGGAAGUUCUGGCAGUCAGUUCACUGCUUUAACAUGGAGGAUGCCCUGUAUGGAUCUGCCUGAGCACUCACAGACGCCAUGAAGGGAUCUUAUCUGUCUUUAUGAUCUCAAUAGAAAGUCUUUGUUCAACAUGGUGGGAUCUUUUUGUAUCUGUUAAAUGUAUAAUGCAAAAAAUGGCAGUGCACGUGAGUUCAUGAGCAAAUAUUGAUACAAUACCCAUCAUAGCAAAACACAAUUUGUGUCAUACAAUGAUACAAUACAAUGAAGUGUCUGCGGGUUUUCGCUCUCACCUUGAACAUGAUUGAUUAGUUAGGUCACUAAUUGGUUAGUUUCUACCCUCACCUGAUUGUUUAGGCCUGAACUGGGAACCAAUUUAUAGGAAAAACCAAAAACCUGCAGACACUUGGCACUCCAUGGAACCGUUUUGACACCCCUGCUGUAUAUGAUGUGGUUACACAUGCUAGCCGGAAUAAGGAACAUUUUCUUCUUUAGGGUGGUGAAAGUUCAGGAGUGAUGAGCAAAUUACAGUAAUCAUUCCCAUAAUCAACGCAGGUAGGGUAGCCUACCUGCACUGUAUUUGCAAGCUUUUGGUUAGCGUUGCUGCCAAGACCAGAUUUGACCAAACUACUUUAGAUUUUUAUUUGGUACAUGACAACUCAAGCAAACAGUAGUACGUUACUGUCAUGCAUUGCUUUCUAUUUACAAAAGGUCAGGUGAAAACAAACCAAUGGUGGGAAACUUAGUAUAUUGUAUUUAGGCAUUUUUUUGGAAUACUCGCAUUAAAAUAUUUUGCCAAUUGAAUGGAGACAUAGUUUAUGAGAGCUUCAUGCUACAUGGCCUGAACUUGAAGACAAAUUUUCUUUGUCUCAUUUAGUUUUUCUCUUUCAAGAUCCUAUUGUGUUUAAGAGGCUUGCUGUAGGGUCUGUAUUGGUGUUCUUAAUUUAUCAUAUGACAAGUGUAUAUAUACAGCUAUGUAAGCCAGCCUACCAACACUAAAACAAAAACUUUAUUAGGUACACCUGCUGUUAAUGCAAAUAGCCAAAAGUGAAUUAUGCGGCUGCAACUCACUUUAUGAAUCAUCCAGACAUGAUUAAGAUGUUUAGUUUUUUGACCAAAAAUAAGAAUGGGGAAAACAAAUGAUCCAAUCCACUUUGACUGUGGUAUAAUUGUUGGUGCCAGACAUGUUGGUUCUAGCAUCUCAGAAACAUUGAGCUCCUGGGAUUUUCACACACUAUAGAGUCUAGAGUUUACAAAGAAUACUGCAAUAAAAACAUCUGGUGAAAAGCAGUUCUGUGGGCGAAAAAGGUCAGGGGUGGAUGGCCAGAGUAACAAGUACUCAAAUUCUUUACAUCAGUGGUGUGCAGAAGGGCCUUUCUGAACGUACAAUGUGUUGAACCUUGCAGCAUAUGUAGGUCCUACUAGAUACUAGAUAGAUGUACCUAAUAAAGUGGUCUGUGAAAAUUGA